CAAACACAAUUAAUGAGCAAUUUGUUGAGAAAAAGAGAAAAAGCAAACACUAUAGUUGCUCUUUAAAUAUCUGGGCUGUGUAAGAAACCUAAGGAAUGUAAAAUAUGAGAUUGUCAUUAGUGUGAGAAAACUCCACACCUGAUCAAUGUUACAGUAUCCAGGCAGCAUCAGGCGCGCGGACGCCGUGUAAACAACUAAUGCCGGGAUUACAGACAGCACGCGCGAAAUUGUCGCUUCAUCACCAGCACGUGUAGAUGAACGGUACAACAUAUGUUGAAGACCCUGGAAAAGUUACAGAGUUUGAAGGAAGUACUAUACGCAUGCGUAAUUCACAAUGAUGGCGACUUGCAUGUAACGGAAAAGUGAUAACACAUAAAAAGUUUUUUGGAAGAAGUAUUAAUAGGUGAUAAGUGCUGCAUGUGUACGGAGGCUGGUAUUGGUGCGGGUGUAGAACAUGCGGUAUUAUGACGUGGAAAUGGCUGUUUAGUGUCGUGUUGCUGCUGUUGAUAGUUCCUGAUGUCUCUGAGGGAACCCUAGCGAGAGGUCUGGGUAGUGAUGACGAAGUCAAGCUGAUCCAGUACCUGUUUGUGGACAAAAACUACAAUCCACUGAUCCGGCCCGUCAGGAACAUCAAUGAGUCCAUAGAGGUCCAGUUCAACCUGGCACUCAGUCAGCUGAUCAGUGUGUACUGGUACGACUAUCAGCUGAAGUGGAAUCCGGACAAAUAUGGCGGAAUUAAAACAAUUCGCAUUAACCAUUCUAAGGCUUGGAGACCGGACAUUGUUUUGUUCAAUAACGCUGACGGGAAAUACCAGGUGAGCUACGAGUCUAAUGUGGUGAUGAAUUAUGAUGGUCUGAUCUAUUGGAUUCCACCUGCCAUUUACCGCUCAUCCUGUGAUAUCGACGUCAAGUACUUCCCGUUUGAUCAACAAGAAUGCGAAAUGAAGUUCGGAUCUUGGACGUUUCUGAAAAACCAACUCUUCUUCACAUACUACCUGAACAGGAGGACUCUGGAUUUUUCUGACUAUUUACGCAGUGGGACCUGGGACAUCAUCGACAGUCCGGCCUGGAUUCAAGAGCAGAAAGAUCCCGUGUCUGGAGAAAUCCGAGAUUUGUACGUUGUGAAAUUUGUUGUCAGAAGAAAGACCUUGUUUUAUAUUGUAAACCUAAUCGUACCUUGUGUGUUGAUUUCCUUUUCAAGCGUCUGUACAUUCGCGCUUCCUAGUGACGGCGGGGAAAAGAUUACAAUGUGUAUAUCCAUUCUUCUGGCUCUUGUUGUGUUUCUGCUGCUGAUUUCCAAGAUUUUGCCGCCUGCUCUGACGGUUCCUCUGAUUGCUAAGUACCUUCUCUUUAACUUUAUCAUGACCAUCAUAGCAAUCGGCUGUACCGUGUUUGUGCUGAACAAGAACCACAGGACGCCUCGGACUCACUCUAUGCCCAGAUGGAUUCGACUUGUCUUUCUUUACUACCUCCCUAAAUUCCUUUUCAUGAAGAGACCAGGACACGAGACCCGAUGGAAAGGUCGACAACUAAAGGACAUAAUGAAAGAGUCGAGAACAGGUACCCCUGAUGAUUCUCUAUACAGGACGCCCGAAAUUGGAAGAAAAUAUCCAGGUAUAAAUGAUUCACAAUUUGCGGAAGCAGACAACCAUAUCAUUCCAGAAAACAACGAGACGAUGUCAUCUAUUGACGUGUUCGGUGAAGAUUUCAAGAGAGCCUCAGAGGCAUUGAAGUUUAUCCGACAGCACACACUGAAACAUGACCAUUACGACACAAUCAUUGACGACUGGAAAUUUGUGGCCAGUGUGAUUGAUCGUCUGCUGCUGGUCAUCUUUCUCUUGGUUACUGUUGGGGGCACCAUGGGCAUCUUCCUCCAGGCCCCCAACAUCUUCUCUGUCGUCGACCAGGACGCCAUCAUAGACAAACUCAUGUCUUCCCUUAAUUAACUUCUUCCUGUCGAUCAAAUAAUCGAACACUCUCAAAGUUGAUAAGAUCAGUCCUACUUAUACUCUCACAGAUAUUGUGGACGAAUUAAGGACAUUUCUUUUAUUUUUAGAAUGACCUUUAUUCUAUGCAUUGUUUAGGUAUCUUUAUGGAUGUAUGUUGCAUAUUUUAUGAUCUUACACUUCUGAUGAUGUAAAGAUAUCCUUGUAGUUUAUGCACAGUGUAAAUAUGUCUUCCAGAUAAACAUUAUAACCUGUAUAAAGCCCUGAAUAUUUUUAGAUUUUAUGUAAGGGUAUAUAUAGUGCUAUUAUAAGCAGAAUAUUGUGAUGUCUUCCCAAUGAAGUGCAUGUUUUCCAGAGGUUCCUUAUAUAUUAAAAUGGUGCGUUUUAGCCAAAUCCUAGAACAUAUUUUCUUGUUAUUUUCAGGGGUUUCUUAUGUCCAAUUGUGAAUUUUUCCAACUUUUAUUUUUUUAAUCUAUAUAUUUUAGAGAAGUAAUCAUAGUAACUCUAAUUUUUUGUGAUUGUUUAUUGAAUAAAUAUUUUCAAAAAUUG